AUGCAGGAGUACAUCGACCUUGGUCAUAUGGUACUCAUAUCACAUGAUCAAGAGCCGGGCUACUAUUUACCACAUCAUCCCGUCAUAAAAACAUCUAGCACUACCACCAAGGUACGCGUUGUAUUCGACGCAUCAGCAAAAUCUGAUAAAGGUAUCUCAUUGAAUGAGGUUCUGCUGACGGGGCCUACUGUACAAGAUAACUUAUUUACUAUUUUAUUACGUUUUCGUAUCUAUGUUUACGCCAUGACUUCUGAUAUCGCUCAAAUGUAUAGACAAAUCCGAGUCCAUCCAGAUCAUCAUAAAUUUCAAAGAAUUUUUCAUUAUCAUAACGACGAAACUAGCACGUUUGAAUUACAGAGAGUCACUUUUGGAGUAUCUGCAGCUCCGUUUCUAGCCACACGUACAGUAAACCAAUUAGCUGACGAUGAACGUCAUAACUUCCCAAAUGCUUCGAUUAUACUAAAACGCGAUUUAUAUGUUGAUAAUUUAUUAACUGGGACUAAUUCUUUACCUGAAAUUUUGCAAUUACGCGACGAAAUAAUUCAAUUAGUAAGAAAGGGGGGUUUUGAACUCCGUCAGUGGGCCUCCAAUCAUAAACAUGCACUAGACAACUUUGACCAAAGAACGCUUGACUUGGAUUGUGCUAUUAAUGAUGACCCUAUUUCUAAAACUCUUGGUAUUGUCUGGAACUCUUCAACUGAUGAAUUUAUUUAUACUGUCAAUUCACUUAAUUCUUUGAAAAAGAUGACUAAAAGAACAAUCUUAUCUGAUAUCGCAAAAAUUUUCGAUCCACUCGGGAUCUUAGGUCCAGUAGUACUUGCUGCUAAAGCGAUGGUACAAGCAUGUUGGAAGGUAAAGGUUCACUGGGAUGAAACAGUACCACAAGAAUUACACACUCGUUGGUGUAAAUUUGCUGAACAACUACCUUUAAUUAGAGAAUUUGCUGUUGAACGUAACAUUGUUAUUCCCAAUGCUAGUAAUAUCGAGAUACACGGGUUUUGUGAUGCUAGUAAAAUAGGCUACGGAGCCUGCUUAUAUGUACGUUCAAUGAAUCAACAAGGUCAAGUAAUUGUCAGAUUAGCCUGCUCAAAAUCUAGAGUCGCGCCAAUUAAAGAUGUAACCAUACCUAAAUUAGAACUAUGUGGAGCACAAUUACUUUCAAGAUUAUAUAAAGAAGCACUUCCUGCACUUAAUUUCACUUGUACUAAAGUAACAUUUUGGUCAGAUUCAACCAUCGUCUUACAAUGGCUUAAACGCUCGCCCCACACUCUUAAGGUUUUUGAAUCAAAUCGAGUCUCUGAAAUACAAUCUCUCGGGAAUAACGUAGAAUGGCGACAUAUUAGAACUAAUGAUAACCCUGCUGACUCUUUAUCUCGAGGUCAAUUACCCUCCGAUUUUCUUAAAAAUAAAUUAUGGUUUGAAGGUCCUACGUGGCUGACACAGGAUCCCAACACCUGGCCUAUUUUUAUUCAGUCUGUUCCUUCAGAACUACCAGGUUUACGUAAAAACACCUGCUUAUUGGCAUCCACCAGUGACCUAUUCCAACGCUUUUCAUCGUAUUCAACACUCAUAAAUUCAUUUACAUUCAUUUUACGUAUGCUCAAAUCAAGUUCGUUUAAACAUAAACCACUGAGUGUUGAAGAAAAAUUAAAAACAGAAAUUCGAAUACUUACAUUAAUUCAACAAGAACAAUACCAUUGUGAAAUAGAACAACUUAAAGAAACGGGAGACACAAAAAAUCUAAGAUUACGUUGUCUAAAUCCCUUUAUUGAUCAAGAUGGUUUAUUACGAGUAGGUGGUCGUUUAAAACACGCCCCUAUUUCAUUUUCUACAAAACAUCCCAUUUUACUGCGUUCACGUCAUUAUGUUACAGACUUAAUUAUUAGAGAAACACAUAAAAAUGCAUACCACUCUGGUAUCCAAGCAACAUUAUCAAAUUUACGUCAUAAAUUCUGGUUACUGGAUGGAAAGGGCCAGAUAAGGCGAGUUGUCAAAAGAUGCGUGGAAUGCAUUAGACAUCGUCCUGUAAUUCUUCAAGGGAAGAUGGCUAAUCUACCCAGUGCCAGAGUCACAGAAUCAGCCGCAUUUUCCCAUGUGGGAGUAGACUAUUUUGGACCUUUAUUCAUAAAAGAACGAAAAUUUAGAAAUCGAAAUAAGAUUAAAGUCUAUGGGUGCGUUUUUAUUUGCAUGGCCACGAAGGCAGUCCAUCUUGAGAUUGUUAGCGACCUGACCACUGAUGGCUUCCUGGCAGCUUUCGGACGGUUCAUUGGUCGCCGGGGGGUCCCGUCUCAUGUUUAUUCUGAUAAUGGUACCAACUUUGUAGGCGCUAAUAACCAAUUACAAGAACUUUAUGCACUUUUUACAUCUAAAACUCAUCAAAAUUUAGUCAAUGAUUAUGCAGUUAGAAAAAAUAUUGUUUGGAAAUUUAAUCCACCACUAUCACCGCAUUUUGGGGGCAUUUGGGAAGCGGCAGUAAAGUCUUUUAAACAUCAUUUUAAGAGGGUGGUGAAAGAUCAACUUCUGACCUUUGAAGAGUUGAAUUCUUUAGCUGUACAAAUUGAAGCCAUACUUAACUCUAGACCCUUAUGCACGUUAUCUAGUGAUCCUAACGAUCCUAUCGCAUUAACACCUGCUCAUAUUUUAAUAGGGCGUCCUCUCACAAUGCUGCCUGAAUAUGAUUUUUCUGAUGUUGCAGACAAUCGUCUUAGCGUAUGGCAAUUCAUCACUAAGGCACGACAAGACUUCUGGAAGCGCUGGUAUUUGGAAUACCUCCACGAGCUUCAAACUCGUCAAAAAUGGCAUUCUACUCAAGGAGAAAUUAAACCUGACCAGAUCGUACUGCUGAUGGACAAAAAUCAACCCUGUAUGCGAUGGGAAUUGGGCGUAGUAGUCGAAAUCCACCCUGGAGACGAUGGAGUUACUCGGGUGGCAUCUGUCCGAACAACACGAGGACUGUUCAAACGGAACAUCACUCUAUUAUGUCCAUUACCAAUUAAUGCCUAA